AUGAGUAUUCCAAAACCAUCAUCCACUAUUUUCCUCCUUCUGGCCCUUGUAACUGCAGCCCUCUCUUUCACAGCCAACGCUUCUGAAUGUGUUGGCAAUGGAAACCUUUCUGUAUACUGGGGUGAGAAAUCCCCUGAAGAGGAGUCCACCUUGGACUUUACAUGUGGCUCUUCUGGAAGAUACACCAUUGUAAUCCUCCAAAGCCUCAUUGUGUACGAUAAUGGUAAAACCCCAAGGCUCAAUUUGGGAAACCAUUGUGGGAGCGCUGGAUACCCUUGCUACAACCUAGAGUCGCAAAUAAAAUCCUGCCAACAACGAUUCAAGGUCAGAGUGUUCCUUUCCAUUGCCAUAGACCGUACCCUAAGCACCACAAACUCCAACUUAACUGCGUCACCUGAUGCAGCAGAAAACCUUGCGAACUACCUGUUGGAGAAUUUCCUCAGUGGAAAACCUGGUCCAUUGGGAAACGUCUCCUUGGAUGGCAUCGACUUUCCUGACGUGUCCGAAGGGGAGAACCUUCACUGGGACGAAGUUGUUAAGGCCAUUAACGCAUCCACAACCGCCAGAAAAAUCUACUUGUCCGCAUCUCCACAAUGUGUGUACCCUGAUCACUACCUCGGCAGUGCAAUCAGAACUGGUCUUUUCGAUUACAUCCGGGUUCAGUUCUUCUACCAGAAUCGUUGCAUAUACACACCCGGAAACCCUUCCAACCUUUUCAGUGAGUGGAACCAAUGGACCAAAAAUGUUCCCAACAGUUUGAUAUUCUUGGGGCUCGUGGCCUCGCCGGAGGUAGCGGGAUAUAUAGACUAUACUCCGCUUAUUAAUGAUGUUCUACCAUUUGUGAGACAGUCUUCAAACUAUGGUGGGGUUAUGAUUUGGAACAGGUAUUAUGAUAAACCCACUUAUUACUCUGUUUUGCUUCAAGGCCAUGUUCAAAGAAAGUGUAGGUGUGUGUGUGAAGGUGAUGAUGGCUUUGCACCAAAUGGGUUAUACGGUCUGCGUUCAGGAUCUCAGCCUCUAUCAAUAUGA